AUAUAAAGCCAUCAUUUGCACCCCCAUAUUUUCUCAUUCUUUUAUCUGCAAAUUGCCACACCAUUUCUGGUUCAACUUUCACCUUUCAAUCACCCCAUUUUUCUAAGACAUUAUGAAAAUCCAUUGACACUUCAUCUCUGGUGCAUGAUAAGUUCAUAGAGAGAGAGAGAGAGGAGAAUGGGCAUACUUCCCUUUAAACUUUUGACCCAUCUCUGCAACUAAUUAUAUUAGGCUCAAGUCCCUGUUUCUAAUACCAUCAACCUUAGAAGGGUACAUAAUGGAGGCCUUUAAUUCAUCAUCAUCACUAUCAAUCCUUGCUCUUUGCUCCUUUCUCAUAUCCUUUUUAGUUUGUACAUCAGAGGCUCAAACACUUGACCCCAAAGAAGUUAUGGCUCUGAGAUCCAUUUCCGAGAAAUGGGGUCUUUCUUCUUCAGUUAGCUGGAAUAUCAGUGGUGAACCUUGCAGUGGAACAGCCAUUGAUAAUUCAAAGAUUGAGGACCCAAACAAUAACCCCGCGAUUAAAUGCGACUGCAGGGCCAACAAUGGAACUACUUGCCAUAUUAAAGAGAUGAAAGUUUAUUCAUUGAGUGUAAGUGGAAGCAUUCCAGAAGAGAUCGCAAAUCUGUCUUUCCUCACAAACUUGAACCUGGCUGAAAACCAUCUAACAGGCCCUUUACCAGCAUUUAUUGGAAAUCUUACUUCUAUGCAGUACUUGAGCUUUGCCGCCAACAUGCUCUCUGGAACAAUCCCAAAGGAGCUUGGAAACCUUCGAGAUCUACUCUCGCUGAGAUUUAGUUCAAACAACUUCUCAGGUGUGCUACCUCCUGACCUUGGUAACUUGGUAAAACUAGAACAAAUUUACAUUGAUAGUGCAGGUGUGAGUGGUGAGAUUCCUUCAACAUUGUCCAAACUACAAAAUCUAAAAUAUGUUUGGGCAUCAGACAAUGGGUUCCCAGGAAAGAUACCUGACUUCAUUGGGAAUUGGACAAAUCUCCAAACAUUGAAGCUUCAGGGAAACUCUUUUGAAGGCCCAAUUCCUUCAAGUUUUGCCAAUCUAACAUCAUUAAUGGAUCUGAGAAUAAGUGAGUUAUCUAAUGGGAGCUCAUCCUUGGAUUUCAUUAAGAAUAUGAAGAAUUUAACAAUCUUGGUAUUGAGGAAUAAUAUGAUCUCUGGUAAUAUUUCAUCUGAAAUUGUGGACUUUGCACAGUUGCGUCACUUGGAUUUGAGCUUCAAUAACUUGACUGGUGAUAUUCCAAGCUCUCUCUUUAAUACGAGCGCCUUUCCGUUUUUAGGGAACAAUAACCUAUCUGGAAGUCUACCUCAACAAAAAAGCUCAUCCCUAUCAACUAUAGAUUUAUCUUACAAUCAAUUAGCCGGAAGUUUUCCUUUGUGGAUGAACAGUCAAAAUUUACAAAUGAAUUUGGUUGGGAACUCCUUUGUAAUUGGAAAUUCUAACAACAGUGUUACACCAAUAGGGUUGGAUUGUCUUCAGCGGACUUUCCCAUGUAAUCGAAAUAAUCCACGCUAUUCCUACUUUGCAAUAAACAGCGGUGGCAAGCAGAUAACAUCAGCUGAUGGAACUGUGUUUGAGCAAGAUGAUGCUAAUAUUGGCAUGGCUUCUUACUUUGUAGCUGAAUCACAGAGGUGGGCUGUCAGCAAUGCUGGGAGGUUCGUUGACAGUAGUAGCGCCCAGUAUAUCCAAACAAAUAAAUCCCAAUUCACGAACACAUUGGAUCCAGAGCUCUUCCAAACAAUGAGGUUAUCUCCGGGCUCCUUAAGAUACUACGGUCUUGGGCUUCAAAAUGGAAAUUACACUGUGAAAUUGCAAUUUUCCGAGAUAGAAUACCCCAGUCCACCUGACUGGCACAGUACCGGAAGGCGCGUUUUCAAUGUCUAUGCUCAAGGGAAAUUGAAAUUGAAGGAUUUUGAUGUCAGAAAGGAAGCAGGGGGUAAUUCAUUUGUAGCUGUUACAAGAGAGUUUAAUGCAAGCGUGACUGAAAAUUUCCUUGAGAUCCAGUUUUCCUGGGCUGGGAAGGGUACUUGCUGCAUACCCAAUCAAGGAACCUAUGGACCCUUGAUUUCAGCUAUUAGUGCUUCUCCAGCAGAUUUUUUGCCCACCGUUAGCAACACACCACCCAGUACUUCCCAAAAAAAGAACAAAACUGGUUUGAUUGUUGGGAUUGUAGUUUCUUCUGGAGUUGUAUGUCUUGUAGCAUUUGGAGCAAUUUUUGUUCUCAAACAAAGAAAGAAAAGAGGGCUAUCUGAUGAAGAGUUCCUGGUAAUGGGAACCAGACGAAACACUUUUAGUUACUCUGUACUGAAGGCUGCAACUGAGGACUUUAAUGCUAAGAAUAAGCUUGGAGAUGGAGGAUUUGGGGCUGUUUACAAGGGCACGCUUUUGGAUGGAACAAUAGUGGCAGUGAAGCAACUCUCAGUAACUUCUCACCAGGGAAAGGAUCAAUUUGUCACAGAGAUUGCGACAAUAUCUGCAGUGCAACACCGUAACCUUGUGAGGCUGUAUGGGUGCUGCGUCGAGGGGGAUCAGCGACUUUUGGUAUAUGAGUAUCUUGAAAACAAGAGCCUUGAUCAGGCACUAUUUGGGAAAAAUGUCCUACAUCUUGAUUGGCCUACUCGUUACGAGAUUUGCAUGGGAACUGCUAGAGGAUUGGCUUAUCUUCAUGAAGAGUCUAGGCCAAGAAUUGUACACAGAGAUGUGAAAGCUAGCAACAUUCUUCUUGAUGUUGAUCUCAACCCCAAAAUCUCAGAUUUCGGUUUGGCCAAGCUUUACGAUGAUAAUAAGACACAUAUCAGCACUAGAGUUGCUGGGACAAUUGGUUACUUGGCCCCAGAAUAUGCAAUGCGUGGGCAUUUGACAGAGAAAGCUGACGUGUUUGUUGGAGUUGUGGUUCUUGAGGUACUUAGUGGAAGGUCAAAUACGGAUGCCAGUUUAGAUCAAGAGAUGAUUUAUCUCCUAGAGUGGGCUUGGCAACUCCUCGAGGACAACCGGGAGUUAGAUCUGGUGGAUCAGAGGUUAACCGGACUUAACGAAGAACAAGUGAUCCGACUUAUAGGUGUGGCCCUCCUUUGCACGCAAGCUUCCCCUACUCAGCGCCCAUCAAUGUCUCGUGUGGUGGCCAUGUUAACUGGAGAUGUAGAAGUGACCAGAGUUACAUCAAGGCCUCGAUAUUUAACUGAUUGGCACAUUGAUGAUAUUAAUAGCUCCAUUGGCGAGGAUAUCACUUCUUCUUGAGCCUCCACCACAAGGGCCACUAAUACACAGAGUGAUAUGUCUUUCUCUCACAGUAGAGUCACUAAUACAGUGAACUCGCCAACAAAUGCUAGUCGGCCAAUACUGCAACAGGGUUUUGGUGAAGGCAGGUGAUGGUUGUGCUGAAGAUUUGUAUGGGAUCUAAGGGAUGAAGAACUUUGGGCACUAUGGUUUUAAUUUUGGGCACUAUGGUUUUAAAUAGGAGAGGUGAGGACUUUCACCUUAGAAAACUGUUGUAUAAGCUCUCUCAAUACACAUAUCUCUUUUUAGUCGAAAUGCAGUGAGUUUUUUCUCUUUUUAGCCAAAUUUUAUCGAAAGUUUCAUUCAAACACUCAAAUAUUUGUAAAAAUGAAAUGAAAUAAUUACUUCUGUUUAUUAUCAUGAA